AUGGAUAACAGAGGAAAGCAGCCAUCCGCCUGGAGCGCCUACGACUCCAACCGCCCAUCCAUCGACUCAGAUACGGAGAGCCAUGUGCAGUGGGACGAGCUCUCGAGGCGGCCCAGUGGAGAGAGCAAUGCCGGGAGGUGGACUGGCACCGCGGGAGAGCUGCGCAGGCGGAGGUCUUCCGUAGGACAGCAGAUUAGCGCGCUGGGCGAAGUUGGAGGCGUCAACAGUAUCAACAACUUUGCGCGAUCGUGGCAGCGGGCAGCCGGCUUCUUCGAGAUCACCCCCGUGCGCCCUUCCUUCCGUGUCGAGACAGACGACGAAGGCGACGACACAGAGGAGUCCGACUUCUCGCGCAGCGGACUGCCCACGCCAGUACCCGACCAACGGUCCGCCCUGCGACAGGCCUUCCAGAACGAGGGCAGACGCGCAUCCGACAAUGCCAUCACAGACGAGGAGAAUGGCGCGACCGAGCGGAGCCAGCUGCUGCCCAACGGCGUCGAACAGCGCCUGAGAGGGAGAGGGUCGAGCAUCUUCCAGAUCGAACCUUCGCUAUCGUCACCCUUCGGCGCGAGUUAUGGCACGGGAUACGGCAGUCUGAGUUCGCGCGUCAACGAGUCGUCCAUGCGCCAUGCCGGCCGACUCUUCACAGAGCAACAGAUGAAGGGCGUUGGGGAGCCAGAACAAGAACGAGAGCCGCUCCUGGUCAAGCAGGUCGAGGAGGACGGACACAUUAUCAACGUAGUUGUUGGUCAAUCCACCCUGCCCCAGACAAUCUUCAACUCCGUCAACGUCCUGGUCGGCGUUGGACUGCUCACAUUGCCACUUGCACUCAAGUACUCUGGAUGGCUGAUAGGCAUGGUUUUCCUCGCAUGGUCUGCCAUAGUGACUGGCUACACUGCAAAGCUCCUAGCCAAAUGUCUCGACGUUGAUGGUUCUCUCAUUACCUUUGCUGAUCUUGCCUACGUCUCUUUUGGAACCAAAGCGCGGGUAGCCACUAGUAUCCUAUUCUCCUUGGAGUUGCUAGCAGCAUGUGUAGCGCUGGUCGUGCUUUUCGCUGACAGCAUGGACGCUCUCAUCCCCGGUUGGGACGUUUUCCAGUGGAAGAUUGUCUGUGGGCUGAUCUUGAUACCAUUGAGCUUCCUACCCCUCCGCUUUCUGUCAUUCACAUCUAUUCUGGGUGUAAUGUCUUGCUUUGGAAUCACCCUCGCUAUAUGGGUCGAUGGACUUGCCAAACCCGACGCUCCCGGCUCCAUCCGCCAGCCCAUGACUCAAUACCUGUUCCCCGACAACUGGAUGACCGUACCACUCUCCAUUGGCCUUCUCAUGUCCCCUUGGGGUGGUCACUCUGUUUUCCCAAACAUCUACCGCGACAUGCGACACCCAUACAAGUACAGGAAGGCCGUCAAUGUCACCUACAUCUUCACCUACUUGAUCGAUGUCGGCAUGGCCUGCGCUGGUAUCCUCAUGUUCGGAGACGGUGUCAAAGAAGAAGUGACAAGCAACAUCUUCCUCACCAAAGGCUUUCCUCAAGGCAUAUCCGUUUUCAUCGCCAUCUGCAUCGCCAUCAUUCCGUUGACCAAGAUCCCGCUCAACGCACGCCCUAUCGUCAGCACGUUGGAAGUUCUCUUCGGUCUGGACACGCGCUCUCUGGCCAUGUCCUCGUCCAUUGACGGCAUGAGCGGACUCACUCGAGGAGCGCUCAAGAUCACCCUUCGCAUCGUUACCAUUGUCAUCUUCGUUAUCAUCGCAAUCGUAUUCCCUUCAUUCGACCGCAUCAUGACACUUCUCGGCAGUGUCGCCUGCUUUAGCAUUUGCAUCAUCCUACCCUUGGCGUUUCACUUGAAAUUGUUCGGAAAAGAGAUAUCUAGUGGGGAGAAGACGAUGAACUGGGUGUUGAUUGUCGUCAGCACUAUUAUGGCUAUCAUCAGCACUGUUUUUGCAUGCCUGCCCAAAGAGAUGAUUGGGGCUUAG